AUGUCUUCAAAAGAUAAAGAUAAAAAGAAGAAAACAGCUAAAUUAGAAAAAAAGGAUACCAAAAUUUAAAGUGUUCCUGAUUUAGAACAAUCUCAAUUGAUAGCAAGAGUAAUUAGCAGAGGAGGGGAUAAAGAAACCAAAAAUCUAGCCAAUAAUGAGGAUGAUCCAUAUAUGCAAACCUUCACAUCCUCUUAUUCUAAUGGUGUUUCAUAGAUGAAUAAUUUUUCUGGAAUUUAAAGUUAAUAGUAAUUGAGCAAUAAUUUUCAAAGAAGUACCGAUUAUAAUACAAAUUAAUUCACGUCAGAUUCAACUUAAGAAGAAUAUCGUAGCUAAUUAAAUAACAUUCCUUAUUAUUAAUAGCAGACAUAACCAAUGUAAAAUUAUUAACAAUAUUAUCACAAACAACAUUAUCAUAUGGGAAAUUAAGACUAAAACGAUUAUCGAUUUGAAAGCAUUAGAAACUAGAUUAAUUAAAAUCUGUUGCCAAAGAGACAGGAAAUACUCUAUUAAAUCUAAAAGAUAGAAAAUAGGAUUGAAGAAAUCAAAUAUCAAACCUAAAAAAUUGAAAAUAUGACUAGAGAAGAGUUUGAUUGUAUAAUAGAAAGAUUAAGAUCAACUGAAAAUUAAAAACUGUAAAGAUUAUAUCAAGAUAAAGAUGAACUUAUAAGUAAUAUUGAAUAUAUUGAUUCUCUAUAAUCCUACGCUUUAAAUAAUCAGGAAUAGGUUCCCUCAAUUAAGAUACUUGGGGACAUAGAAAGAAUGGCCAAGGUGAGGAUCAAAACCUAAAUUGACAUUUACUCAAACGAUUUACCAUAAGAGUUUGUUUAAUUGAAAUAGUCUUACUAAUAGAGUAUCAUAUAAUAAUAGAUGAUCGAAUUUAAGAAUGAAAUGAUUUGGAAAUUGAUGAAUGAUUCUAAGGCAGAGAUAUUGAAAAUCAAAGCUGAGUUAGAAUAAUAAGUUUAGUAAGAGUAUUAAAAAUGGUAAAAUAUUGAGGAGAAAUAUUAAGAAGAACUAAAUAAAUAUAAACUGCAGUGCACUUUUUGUGGAAUUAAUUUUGAUGAUAGAUAGAUUAAUUCAAAUUGUCAAUCGAACUUUAAAAAUGCAAGGCUAUAAUUUGAAUGUGAGGAGGUUCCUCAAGAAUUAUAUAUUGGUACUAAUAGACAUUUUUUUAGUAAAAGCAAGCAACUUCAAGAAUCAUAAAUGCAAAUCUAAAAUAAAAAAGUAUGA